AAGUUUCUUUAAUCUGUAAUGGCGAUCUUCGACUGGCAGCGCAGAUCGUCAUCAGAUUACGGAAUCGUGGCGCACGAAAAAUCCGUUUAUGUUAUCCUACUGACCAAUAUCUUGUAUACGCAAAUGCCGACAUUGAUGCGAUCAAAAUACCAUGUCCCCAGGCCACGCAAAACCAUUUCAAAUCGAGUGUAUCAAACGCAACAAUCGUAAUUAGCUUACUGUAUAAUAAUUACGAAAAGCAAGAGAUGCUUCUUGACGCCUGCACCGAGCAAGGAGUUGCUUUGCUUAUUACAUGGGAUUCUGGAAUGGAACUAGAACACUAUGUGCGGGAUAAACAAUGUCCACGAACCAGAUUGCAUAAACUAUUAUUGAAUCAUCGGGCGACAAAUAAAAAUAAACCCGACGCAACCCGUUGGAUCCUAUUUCAGGUUGGCAUUUUCGAUGAAGAGAUACUUAAAAACGACAUAUCAACAGUCACUACCGCUUUCAAUAGUCCGAACCAAUUUAUUUUCUUGAACAUUACUGUCAAAGAAGAUUUAGCUCAAUUGAUAGUUGAAACUAUCGUGUCGAGAGAAAUCCAACUUGACAGAAAUUAUGUGGUCGGAGAUUUUGUUGCGCACACAUACUUGGGUCAUGUAUAUCAAGUUGCAACCAAAGGUGAUCAAUCAAUCAUUUUCUAA